UUCUAGUACAGUACGUGGCUUCACAGCUGGGCAGUGGAGGUUCAGGGGUGUCGUGGUUCGGAGGUGGAGACACAAUGUUUACAUUUACAGUAUCCGUUCAUAGAUAACUACCAGCUUAUAUUUACACACCGUCCGAGUCUGGAAGUAAAUGUGAAAGGCAGCCGUCUUCGAGAAGACGAAGCGUCCUCCUUUCUUCCUUUCCCCGGGGAGCGGCAGUGAAGGAGCCUCCGCCGGCGUGUGAGGUCACCCAGCCCCCGUCUCGGCUCGACAUGGCAGAGAGCGGCUCCGCGGCUGAAUUGUCCGGCUCCCUGACGAGCUCGGCUCUUCCGCCACCCAGGACCCGGAUCUUCAAAAUAAUCGUCAUCGGGGACUCUGGCGUCGGGAAGACCUGUCUCACCUUCCGCUUCUGUGCGGGCAGGUUCCCCGAGAAGACCGAGGCCACGAUCGGGGUGGACUUCAGGGAGAGGCUGGUGGAGAUUGACGGAGAGAAAAUCAAGAUCCAGCUGUGGGACACUGCCGGCCAGGAGCGCUUCAGGAAGUCCAUGGUGCAGCACUACUACCGCAACGUCCACGCCGUGGUGUUCGUCUACGACGUGACCAACGCCGCCAGCUUCCGCAGCCUCCCCGCCUGGAUCGAGGAGUGCAAGCAGCACGCCCUGGGAACCGAGGUGCCCAGGAUCCUGGUGGGGAACAAGUGCGACCUGCAGGACUCGGUCCAGGUGGGCACGGACGUAGCGCAGCAGUUUGCGGACGCUCACUCCAUGCCUCUGUUCGAGACGUCCGCCAAGAGCCCCAACGGCCUGGGAGGCGGGAGCUACCGCGACAGCGACCACGUCGAGGCCAUCUUUAUGACUGUGGCCCACAAGCUCAAGUCCCAGAAGCCUCUAGUGCUGAGCCAGCCGGCCGAGGGGUCGGGAGGCACCGUCACCCUGAGCGGAGGGAGGAAUGACGGCGGCGACGGGGGCGGAGGCAGAGGGUGGAGCUGCAGCAGCUGCUGAGGACUCAAACUCCACUGGCUGUCCAGAUCUGGAGCAAGAAGAGGAAAACCACAGAGCACUGAAUACCACAGUGUGUUAGGGCCAUGGUAGAUAGAAAAAGAAAGGAAGAGUGCAUGCAAAAACUCAGACAUUUUGAGAUUAAUCUCAGAAAAUUUCUAGAAAAAAAUAAGGAAAUUUUCUGAGUUUGAAAAGUUGAAAAUUCGCUAGAAAAAACUUCUAAUAUUGAUAUUACUCAGAAAGUUUCUAGAAGAAACACGGAAGCUUCUCAGUUUGAAAAGUUGAAAAUUUGCUACAAAAGACUGAGAAAUUUUUUAAUUAGAAGAUGCAAAUUUUCGACUUAUAAAACUCAGAAAUAUCCUUGUCUUUGUUCUAGAAAAUGCCACCAAAGGUUUACUUGUGGAAAUUUGCUCCUGUUUCUCUCUCUACGAAGGCCCUGGUACGCCGUUGUAGAUGAACCAUACUGCUUGUUUACAUAUUUUUCUUUAUACCAUCACUUCACUCAGCUGUUUCCUGGUCAGAUGCUCAUGUUGUCCAGAUAUGAUCCGUUUCAUUGCCAAAUAUCCUGUCCAACCCAUUAGUACAGUGGUUCAUAAAUCUGCUCCAUGCACUCCUGCCCUGCAUGUUUUAGAUGCAUUCAUGACCUCCUAGAUGCAUUCAGACCCUCACUGCUGCAGGAGCCUGUUAGUCACUCAUUCUUUGUUAUUCAGCUGUUUGGAAGCAAGGAGACACCUAAAGCCUGCAGGGCCAGGUUAGUGGAGGAACUAAUUUUCCCAUAAAAACUCCCAUAUUUUAAGCAGUAAAUUCCAAUCAAAGGUGCUUUAUUUGAUUGUUAGAGACCAGAAGUGAUUGUAACAGAACCAUCUUCACCUUAGUGAGCAGAGAAGAGGCUGAGUAGGAGGAGGAGCGGUCCAGGCAGGUCCACUGGUUGGCAGUAUGGUUUGAUGCCUUCAGGUCUCACCUCUGUUCUUUGGAUUUUCCAUUUAUCAGGGCAUCUGAGUGAAAUGGAAGACACUGAGCACAGAAGCUGGUUAAUCUUUAUAUACGGUGGUUUGGUAACCAAGGUGAUUGUUUAAUCAAACAAAUUCUCAACUGGACAUUCAGCUGUUUUUGUUUUUGCAUUGAUUUUACCGUUCAGUGGCUUUAUGUUGGUGUUGUUGAGCUUCAUUAGAAAUGAGCUGGGAUGAUGGUAGAUUAAAAAAAACAGUCUGGACUCCAACAAUGUGAAUUCCUGGAUUGGUUCUGAGCUCCUCCAUAGAUGGUCAUUAUGAGCCUCAGAGUGAUAAAUGAAGAUUCAACAGUUUCAUUUAGGGGUGCACCGAUGGCAGUUUUCUGGCCGAUCACUGAUCUGUAAAAAGCCUGAACUGCUGAUUCUGAUUUUGGCUGAUAGCAAUUUGUUUUUCUUUUUGUCACCAACUUUGUUGCCAUAUUUAGCAUUGGUUGUCGUGACUGUUUAGGGGUUAAUAAUAAGAAUGCACAUAUAUCCAAAUUUAGGAGGAUAUUGGAUCAUUUAUCGGACCAAUAGAGAUAUGUUAAAACAUGAUUAAUAUCAGACGAUACCGAUGUUACUGCUGAUAUAUUGUGUAUUCCUACUUAAUAAGAGUUUAACUCUUUAGGUUUCACACCAUGACUCUUAGUUUGUUUCUACUUGAAAUAUUUCCAAACAGCCAAAUUAGUCUUUCUUGGAACUCUUGGAAAGGUAAUGAAAACUUUGAAACUGUAACUUUUUUUAUUCUUUUAUUCUAUGGUGUGUGUUGUUACUGGGAACCGUCCCACUGACACUGGGAUGUCAGUGUUAGUGGAAUGUGAGUGAAAUGUUCACACCUGCUUUUGUAACGUCUCUGAACAAAAUGUUAUGCAGUGCUGCGUUAGCUGCUGACCUAAAGGGAUAUUUCAGAUUUUCAUUCUUAUUCACUUCUAUACAAAAAUACUUUAUUCAGGGAAUGAAAUGUUUUCGUAACUCCUUUCACCAAGUCUCUUCAGAGUCGUUGUGGAUGCUGAUGCCAGCUGCAUCAAUCAGUCUCAUGAUGGUAAUGACUUGCUAACAGCUCAAUUUAAUUUAUUAUUUAAUGUAUUCUGUCCUAGACGACACAAUCAUUGCUAGCAUUGCUAACAAGCAAUGCUAGUCACCCUCCUUUGAUUUUGGUGUUCUUACUUAAAUGUAUGUAUAUUGCAGGUAGUACUUUACUCUGUAACACAACUCUAAAAUAUGAGCUAUCCCUUUAAUUCACCAGCUGAAGUGGAUCAAUACCUGUAUUGAAUGGGACAAUGAAGCUUUUCAUUAUUUUCAAUUCAUCAUAGAUCUGGAGCUUUUUGCCACGUAAUGCAUUCAACGAUCCAGAUCGCACCAGGAAUCAGACACUUUGUGCAGGCCUGCACUCCAUCGUGUACCUCAGGCGUCUUAACAUGUAGAAGUGUUUUCCUGAAUAUGAAAUAAGCCUGUAUAUUCAUACAGUAACAGCACCAACCUGCAUCUUGUUUGUUUGAAGCUGCUGUGUGACCACAGCUGGUCCUGUGGUUCUGCUGAUGAUCGCCUCACACUUCACUCCGUCGCCGUCUCUCAGGACUUUCUGUUCACAUGAAGAGCCUUUCUGUGGCCUGUCAGCACAAGUCAGACUGAGUGCUUUCCUUGGAAUCUGAUCCAUUUGCAUCGUGUUUGGACCUGGCUCCUCAAGGAAAUACUGCUGCUGCUCUGGAUGUGACUGAAAACAGACUGACAGCUACACCCGGGAACAAAGUUAAACAGGAAUGCGCUUUCUUUCACCAUACAUCACCUUGCAAUAAAUGUUGGACACAAGUGUCAUCUUAAGCUGUCAAUUGUUCAAAAACAAACACUACUGUUCAAAUGUAUUUAUUAAACACAAUAAAAUCAUAACUUAGA